AUGUCUUUUGCCGGAUCAACUUAUGAAGAGAACAUUUUUGCUACUGACUUUGCGGCAUUGAAACAACUAUAUACUAACAAGUUGUUGGAAAAUUUAUUGCACAUAGACAAUCGGUAUGAUACUGAAUGGAGAAAAGCUACUAUGGCAAAAGAUGGUGAUAAUCAAAUAUAUAAUAAAAAACACAUCUUAGCCAUACUUUCUUAUAUGGCUUUAAAUGACAUAUGGGACCAAUCAACAACUCCUUCUCCGAUCAUUCAUAAACUAAAUCAACUAAAACCUUAUAAUUUUAAAUGCGGAAGUGGUGAAGUGAAUGAGAUUGCCUUAAAUUAUAACAACUCUUCAGCGUAUUAUGCUAAAAGGAGGAAAGUUACCAUAGCAAAAGAAGUUGUUGAAUGA